GCACACAGAGGCGCCUCGUCUGAGGGGACGCGAGGAUCGUCCUCCCCGCCGAGCGGGCCAGCGCUUCGGGCCGGGUCUUGUGACAAGCAGCUUAGCCGAGGGGGGUCGAAGCGGACCCCCUGCGACCGUCGCCCGCUGCUCCCUCGUCUGCUCUGGGCGAGGAGCUUCCCGCCUCGCACCACCAGCCCUCGUCCCCGCCCCACCUCUGGACUUGCUCUCUCUCUCUCUCUCUCCCCGCGUGUGGAGGGAGCCAGCGCUUAGGCCGGAGCGAGCCUGGGGGGGCCCGCCGGCCGGGAAGGCUUCGAGGGGAGCGAGUCGCCAUGGAGGGCGCCGGCGGCGCGAACGACAAGAAAAAUAGGAUCAGUUCUGAACGUCGGAAAGAGAAGUCUAGAGAUGCAGCCCGAUCUCGGCGGAGCAAAGAGUCUGAAGUUUUCUAUGAGCUUGCUCAUCAGCUGCCACUCCCCCAUAAUGUGAGCUCGCAUCUUGACAAGGCUUCUGUUAUGAGGCUUACCAUCAGCUAUCUGCGUGUCAGGAAACUUCUGGAUGCUGGUGAUCUGGACGUUGAAGAUGAGAUGAAGGCACAGAUGAACUGCUUUUAUCUGAAAGCCCUGGAUGGUUUCGUUAUGGUUCUGACAGAUGAUGGUGACAUGAUUUACAUUUCUGAUAAUGUGAACAAAUACAUGGGACUAACUCAGUUUGAACUAACUGGACACAGUGUGUUUGAUUUUACUCAUCCGUGUGACCAUGAGGAAAUGAGAGAAAUGCUUACACACAGAAAUGGUCCUGUUAAAAAGGGCAAAGAGCAAAACACACAGCGAAGCUUCUUCCUCAGGAUGAAGUGUACACUAACCAGCCGGGGGAGGACCAUGAACAUAAAAUCUGCAACGUGGAAGGUGCUUCACUGUACAGGCCAUAUUCACGUGUAUGACACCAACAGUAACCAGUCCCAGUGUGGUUACAAGAAACCGCCCAUGACGUGCUUGGUGCUGAUUUGUGAACCCAUUCCUCAUCCAUCAAAUAUUGAAAUUCCUUUAGAUAGCAAGACAUUUCUCAGUCGACACAGCCUGGAUAUGAAGUUUUCUUAUUGUGAUGAAAGAAUUACUGAAUUGAUGGGAUAUGAGCCAGAAGAACUUUUGGGCCGCUCAAUUUAUGAAUAUUACCAUGCUUUGGACUCUGAUCAUCUGACCAAAACUCAUCAUGAUAUGUUUACUAAAGGACAAGUGACCACAGGACAGUACAGGAUGCUUGCCAAAAGAGGUGGAUACGUCUGGGUUGAGACUCAAGCAACUGUCAUAUAUAACACCAAGAACUCUCACCCACAAUGCAUUGUAUGUGUCAAUUACGUUGUGAGUGGUAUUAUUCAGCACGACUUGAUUUUCUCCCUUCAACAAACAGAAUGUGUCCUCAAACCAGUUGAAUCUUCAGAUAUGAAAAUGACUCAGCUGUUCACCAAAGUGGAAUCGGCAGAUGCAAGCUGCCUCUUUGACAAACUGAAGAAGGAACCCGAUGCGCUAACUCUCCUGGCCCCAGCUGCUGGAGACACAAUCAUAUCUUUGGAUUUUGGCAGCAGUGACACAGAAACUGAACAACAAGAGGAAGUCCCAUUAUAUAAUGAUGUAAUGUUCCCCUCAUCCAAUGAAAAGGUGCAGAACAUUAACUUGGCAAUGUCUCCAUUGCCUGCUUCUGAAUCUCCAAAGCCGCUUCGAAGUAGUGCUGACCCUGUACUCAAUGAAGAAAUUGUAUUGAAAUUAGAACCAAAUCCAGAGUCACUAGAACUUUCUUUCACCAUGCCCCAGAUUCAAGAUCAGCCAGCAAGCCCUUCUGAUGGAAGCACCAGACAAAGUUCACCUGAGCCUACCAGUCCCAGUGAAUAUUGCUUUGAUGUGGACAGUGACAUGGUCAAUGUAUUCAAGUUGGAAUUGGUAGAGAAGCUUUUUGCUGAAGACACAGAAGCAAAGAAUCCAUUUUCUACCCAGGACACCGACUUAGACCUGGAGAUGUUAGCCCCCUACAUCCCAAUGGAUGAUGACUUCCAGUUGCGGUCCUUCGAUCAGUUGUCACCUUUAGAAAGCAGUUCUACAAGCCCUCAGGCUGUGAGCGCAGUGACAGCAUUCCAGCAGACUUCGAUGCAAGAACCUGCCACUAACACUGCCACCGCCACUGCCAUCGCCAAGGAGGUGAAAACAGAGACAAAAGACAGUUUGGAAGACAUUAAAGUGCUGAUUGCAUGUCCAUCUCCUACCCACAUACCUAAAGAAACUGCUAAUGCCACAACAUCAGCACCAUACAGUGAUACUCAAAGUCGGACAGCCUCACCAAACACGGCAGGAAAGGGGGUCAUAGAACAGACAGAGAAAUCACAUCCAAGAAGCCCUAACUUAUUAUCUGUCACGUUGAGUCAAAGAACUGCUGCUCCUGAAGAAGAACUAAAUCCAAAGAUAAUAGCUUUGCAGAAUGCUCAAAGAAAGAGGAAAAUGGAAAAUGAUGGCUCGCUUUUUCAAGCAGUAGGAAUUGGGACAUUAUUACAGCAGCCAGAUGAUCGUGCCACUGCUACAUCACUUUCCUGGAAACGUGUCAAAGGAUGCAAAUCUAGUGAACAGAAUGGAAUGGAGCAAAAGACAAUUAUCUUAAUACCCUCGGAUUUGGCAUGCAGACUGCUGGGACAGUCCAUGGAUGAGAGUGGAUUACCGCAGCUGACGAGUUAUGAUUGUGAAGUUAAUGCCCCUGUACAAGGAAGCAGAAACCUACUGCAGGGCGAAGAAUUACUCAGAGCUUUGGAUCAAGUCAACUGAGCUUUUUCGUAAUCUCAUUCCUUUUUUGGGACAUUGGUGGCUCAUUACCUAAAGCGGUCUAUUUAUAUUUUCUAUAUCUAAUUUUAGAAGCCUGGCUACAAUACUGCACAAACUCAGCUCAAUUUUGAUUCCCUUUCUCCCUUUCUACUUAUAAUUUACAAUAAUGCUCUUUUUUUUUUUUAAAGUAUAUUCUUUAUUGCCAGAUCACAGCACAUUUUCACAGGUCUUUGGAAGUUAAAUCAUUGCAUUGCAGUAGCAUCAUUUUAAAAUGCACCUUUUUAUUUAUUUAUUUUUGGCUAGGGAGUUUGUCCCUUAUUGAAUUAUUUUUUAAUAAGAAACCAAUAUAAUUGUUUAAAGAAGGCAGUAACCUUUCAUCAUGAUCACAGGCGGUUGAAAAAUUUUUACUCAGUUUUUCACACCAUGUUUUACGUAAACAGUAAUGCUUUGCCAGCAGUACAUAGUAGCCACAAUUGCACAAUAUAUUUUCUUAAGAAAAAGAAAAACCAGCAGUUACUCAUGCAAUAUAUUCUGCAUUUAUAAAACUAGUUUUUAAGAAGAAAUUUUUUUUUGGCCUAUGAAAUCGUUAAACCUGGAACAUAACAUUGUUAAUCAUGUAACAAUGAAUCUUAAGUGCUGUAUGGUUUAUUAUUUAAAUGGGUAAAGCCAUUUACAUUAUAUAGAAUGAUAUGCAUAUAUCUGGAAGGUAUGUGGCAUUUAUUUGGAUAAAAUUCUCAAUUCAGAGAAAUGAUCUGAUGUUUCUGUAGUCACUUUGCCAGCUCAAAAAAAAAAAAAACCAUACCCUAUGUAGUUGUGAAAUUUUAUGCUAAUAUUGUGUAAUUGAUAUUAAACCUCAAUGUUCUGCCCACUCUGUUGGUAUAAAGAUUAUUUUGAGCAGUCUGUAAGCAACAACAACAACAAAAAAUCAUGCAUUGUUAGCAGAAUUGCCUAGUAUGUUAAAUUGCUCAAAAUAUGAUGUUUGGUUUUAUGCACUUUGUCGCUAUUAACAUUGUUUUUUUCAUAUAGAUUUCAAUAAUUGAGUAAUUUUAGAAGCAUUAUUUUAGGGAUAUAUAGUUGUCACAGUAAACAUCUUGUUUUUCUAUGUACAUUGUGCAAAUUUCUCAUUCCUUUUGCUCUUCGUGGUUGGGUCUAACACUAACUGUAUUGUUUUGUUACGUCAAAUAAACAUCUUCUGUGGA